AUUGUUGGUAACAACUCUAAGCAAUAUGGUUUUUCUUCAUUUUAUUUUGAUCUAUUGGAAGUAUAAGAUAUAAUAAAUAGUGAAAUGAAUUGAUGAUCGCAAUUUUAAUUCGAUUGAAGCAUUUAUCUAUUAUAGUUUUUUAGAAAUAGACCUCCUCAUCCAGCCUCAAACUUGGAUAUAUCAAACAUAAAUAUAGUAAAAGAAACAAUAAGAAAGUCUACUCUGAAAUGAUUACGAGGAAACAAUCAAUAAUAGGCUGAA